AUGUCUGUCAAGAAAAUUGCUGCUCAUAUGAAAAGCAACCCCAAUGCUAAAGUAAUCUUUAUGGUGGGUGCCGGGAUAUCUACUUCUUGUGGAAUUCCCGACUUUCGAUCUCCAGGAACUGGCCUAUAUCAUAACUUAGCAAGAUUGAGGUUACCGUAUCCUGAAGCUGUAUUUGAUGUAGACUUCUUCCAGUCAGAUCCCUUGCCAUUUUACACCCUUGCUAAAGAGUUGUAUCCGGGGAUAUUUAAGCCUUCUAAGUUUCAUUAUCUUUUGAAAUUGUUUCAAGACAAGAAUCUCUUGAGGAGAGUAUAUACACAGAAUAUAGACACCUUAGAAAGACAAGCAGGUGUCAAGGAUGAUUUGAUCAUCGAGGCACAUGGUAGUUUUGCACACUGUCAUUGUAUCGGGUGUGGCAAAGUGUAUCCUCAGCAGGUAUUCAAGUCCAAGUUGGACGAGGAACCAAUCAAGGAUUUUGUCAAAUGUGAUGUGUGCGAUGAAUUGAUAAAACCGGCAAUAGUUUUCUUUGGCGAAGAUUUACCGGAUUCCUUUUCGGAAACUUGGUUAAGCGACUCCGAGUGGCUUCGUGAAAAGCCCAGCAAUUCUGAUGAACAUCAGCAGCAGCCUCUCGUUAUCGUUGCUGGGACAUCACUGGCUGUUUAUCCCUUUGCGUCCCUGCCUGAAGAAAUUCCCCGAAAGGCAAAAAGAGUUUUGUGUAAUUUGGAAACGGUGGGGGAUUUUAAAACUAACAAACGGUCGACAGAUUUAAUAGUCAAUCAAUUAUCUGACUCGUUUGCCGAGCAACUUGUUGAAGAAUUGGGUUGGCAAGAAGAUUUCCAAAAGAUACUUACGGCUCAAACUGCAGUUACUGAUGCCUCUAAAGAACGAUUACUUGAGGUUGUACAUGAUUUGGAGAGUUUGAGUUUGAAUCGGUCUGAACGUGAUGACUCAAACAAGCAAGAUAAGAUGCCACGGCAUACUGACUACCAUGCUAUUGAUGAACAUAAAAAGAUGGUAAACAAGUCCUCUUCUACAUAG